AUGUAUGAAUGGUAUGAGGAUGAGUAUUGGGGUGCUGUGCAUGGAUGGGCUGGGAUUAUACAUGUGCUAAUGGAUAUGGAGUUGAAGCCAGAUGAAGUUGAGGACGUUAAGGGAACUCUGAAAUACAUGAUAAGCAAUCGAUUUUCCAGUGGAAACUAUCCCGCUAGAGAAGAUGAUAGGAAGAGUGAUGUUCUUGUGCAUUGGUGUCAUGGAGCUCUAGGGACAGCCCUUACACUUGUCAAAGCAGCUAAGGUUUUUGGAGAUAAAGAAUUCUUGGAUGCAACUAUGGAAGCAGGAGAGGUGGUUUGGAAUCCUGGUCUACUGAAGAAAGUUGGGAUAUGUCAUGACAUAAGUGGGAAUGCAUAUGUGUUUCUGUCACUAUACCAACUUACAAGGGAUGUGAAACAUCUAUAUAGAGUCAAGGCUUUUGCUUGA